AUGCCACCACCACCAGCAGCACUUAAGAAAAAGGCGGCAUCAAAAAAUCCACCUAUUUUCAGCCAGGAAUAUUUUAUCCAAAAUCAUGGUGAUAUUGCGUGUAUUAUGGUUAUGAUUCUAACGGCUGGUACAAUUUUUAAUUCAACAUCAUCUUAUUGUGGAGCAUUUUUUGGCCCUCGUCAUAAUGUAACAAACUUUGAUCCACACAAUACAUCAUCACCUCAACUAUUUAAUUAUGGCUUGAAAGAUUUAGCAAUGAUUUUCUCUUACACUCUUAUCUGUAUAAUAGGUCAUGCUAUUUGGCAAGAAUAUGCAUUAGAUAAAUUACAUAAAAAAUUACAUUUAUCAAAAUCUAAGAAUGCCAAAUUGUUCGAAUCUGGUCAACUUAUUUUUUUCUAUGUUCUUAGUGUUGUAUGGGCGUUUAAGUUAUUUAUUGAUGAGAAUUAUUUUCAAUCGGGUUUAGAAUAUCUUUGGCGUGAUUAUCCAUAUACGGGUAUGACAUCAUGGACAAAACUUUUUUUUAUCAUUCAAAUUUCCUAUUGGUUACAUAACUAUCCGGAAUUAUAUUUACAAAAAGUUCGAAAAGAAGAUAUACCAACUCGUAUUAUAUAUACAAGUUUAUAUUUAAUAGCAAUUGUCUAUGCCUAUGUAACACGUUUCUGGUGUAUAUCAAUAGUUUUAUUGACGGUCCAUUAUUUAAUUGAAAUAUUUUAUCAUUCAUCGCGUUUAGCUCAUUUUUAUUCUAUAACAAAAAUCAAUUCAAAAACAGCAAAAUCAACUUCAACAUAUUUAUUUAAACUAUGGAAUUAUGUUUUUAUAUUUGCUCGUUUAGCAUCGAUAGUUUUAGCAUGGUUAACAUUUUGGUUUGGUUUAAAAAGUUCAUCGAUUGAUAAAAUAACAUUUACAUCAACAUCUUUGACAGAUUCAAAUGAACCGAUUCUUAUUGCUAAUUUUAAUACACCAACUGUACGUUUAUUUACAUUGGUGGCGAUUGGUGCUUUACAAUUUUGGUUAGUUUGGAAUUUUAUACAGUUUCAUAUGAGACGUCGACGUGAACAACGCAUUGUACGUUCAACAGCAAUAACUUCACCAAAGGCCUCAAAUAAACCGAAACAAAAACAACAAGAUUCAUCGAAUGGUAAAUCAGAAAAUGAUGAUGCAGAUGAACAUCCUAUUGUAGCUGCCAAUGUUCAUAGUAAUAAAAAAAGCAACUAA